GGGAUGACGCCUCCUUGUGCCGCCAGAUCGAUUGAUCACAGAAAGCGUCGUCGAGGGUUUCCGGCACUCCUCCUUCUGGGUCUGCUCGCGCAGACGCAUACGAUGACGGAAGCCACAGAAGAGCUGAUUCCCAGUGUGUGUGAGCCCUCAGACCAGCCAAUGUCCUGUCGCUGCGACGAAGUGCGGGACUCCGGCGUGGAGGGCGGCACGGAAGUGACGUGUUUCGUAGUCAGGACGUUGUCGGCUGACCACGCCGUCUUCAAGUCCCUUGAAAGGCAACCGUCAGUCAUGGCGGUCACCUUCACCGCGUUCGGAGAGAAGUCCAAGCUGGACUUCGUGCCCAGUGCGUUCCUGCGUCGGAAACCGCUUCUCGAGCGCCUCAAAUUCUCGCAGGCCGAGCUGGGCUCUCUGAAGAGUCACUCUUUCUACAACCUCUCCAAGCUCGCCGUCCUUUCUCUCGAUUCCAACGGGAUCACGCAGCUCCAGAAGGAUUCUAUCGCCCACUUACCACGGCUGAGGAAACUCGAACUGGGAGACAACAAACUCGAGCGUUUAACGACGCGCUCCUUCACGCACCUUCCCCUGCUGACCUACCUGUUCCUCGAGCGGAACCAGAUCGAGGUCAUCGAGGACUUCGCCUUCGCGGGGCUCUCGAAGCUGAAAGAGCUCGACCUAAGUGACAACGCGAUGACUAACUUGACCGAGCGCACGUUCGAGGGCCUUUCCCAAGUGAAGCGUCUGGACUUGUUCAGGAACAAGCUGCGGCGGUUAGACGCCCGGGUCUUCGGCGCCAUGCCCCUCCUGUCCGAACUCGACCUCAAGUACAACGAGAUCUCCGAGGUGGAUCCCGUGGCCUUUGACAGACUCGCGCACCUGACGGUCCUGUACCUCUCCCACAACCGGCUGCGUGUCUUGUCUGCAAACAUGUUCGUCGGGGCGCCCAAUCUGGUGACCGUGGACAUUUCGCAGAACAGGCUGCUCACGCUUACCUGGAGGACGGUCGAGGACUUAAGGAAGAUCGGCGCAGAGUCCUUCGACAUGAGCCUCACUGGCAACAAGUUCAGCUGCGACUGCCGCCUCGCCUGGGUCUUGCACCUGGAAAAUGCCACCAGGAGCGACAAGUUCCGGCGCGAGCUGCGACACGUCAAGUGCGACUUCGAAGCCCAGGGCAACCUGAGCAGCAGCAAGGUGUCCCGACUCAGUGCCAGUCAACUGGGCUGCUCCGAGGACUACGCGAAACCCAGCUUCGGCACGGCAUCGCGCGGCAAGGUUCCCCCGCGUCGUCCACCUGUCGAAGACAAGGGACGGCGCGGCGACGACGACGAGGGAAACAAGAUCGUCGACAAAGGCGCCGUUUCGAACGUUCCUGACACGGCGACCAAAAAUGAACGCGACCGGGACGCGCAGUCGAUGGACAACGACGUGGAAGUGGUGCUCAGCCAGCAGAGGGCGCUGCGCAAACACACUUCAAAUUCUCGGAAGAGCAACGGGAGUGCGGCUCGGGUGGCGUUUGCUCUUCACACACUCCAAUUUUUGGGACUGGUUGCGUUCUCCACGACACUGUCUGCGUGUAGGUGAUCUAUGAAGUAGCUGGUUUGUGGUCUUUUCGUUAAAAAAAAAAAGUGAUUUGUGUUUGACGAGGGAGAGAUCUGAGUGAUAAGGAGAUCGGAUUAGCUGGAAGGUGGCGAUCUCAGUUUUCUGCGAUUAGCGAAUGGAUGACGGAUUGCCUUUUGUGCCACACGAUUUUACUAUCCCAGCCUCCAGUCAAGCAAGCCGGAUCAAAUGUCCGAUAUACGGAGCUGUACAGUGAGGGUAUCGCGCUAAUUUACAGUUUUGCGUCGAAGUUGUUGGUCACAGUGGCGUGGCCAGGAAUUUUUUACGGGGGCGGCUGAGGUGCCUGAGGAUGUCCAUGA